GUUUCCUCGGCUCCUCGCCCGCCUCUCUCGUUUAUUAGCGCUCGUAAACCCCACUCACUUCUUCCUUCUCUUCGGCCCCUUCCUCGGCCGAAACCUCAGUUGCUCCUCCGCCCGCUCGAAAACCCCAAGUCCCCAAUCACACAUCGGGCCACCGCCGCGGCAUCCAUGGCCGCCGAAGACAAAGGGACCGGAGACCGCGAGAAUGCAGACCCCAACCUCUGCUCCAUCGCCGACGCGUCGCUGUCUCACGAGAACACCGAAGACAAAUCGGAUUUGGAUACCAAGAGCGCGCCAUCUAUUCAGUUGCUUCAGCCAAAACCGGGGGAAAACAAGGAGCCUGGUUCACAUGAUAUCCACUUUAAUUCUGCAAACACGACAGGAAACAGUGAAGAAGGGAACAAUACUGGAAAGAAAAGAGAUGUUUUCAGGCCUUCUGUGUUUGAUAGAAUAUCUGGCCACCGUGACCAAUGGUGCAAUGAAGACACCAGACUGAAUUCAGAUUCCCAUCGAAAUCAAUGGAGGGAAAUGGAAAAAGAACAUAGUGAUAUGAACAAAGUGGAACAGCACUGUGAUGACCCCAAGCAAUAUCUUGGUAGCCAGCGGAGUCGAAAAGAGCGCUGGGUUAGUAACGAAAGAAACUAUGACCAACACCAUGAGAAUAAUUGGAAUUCUCGCUGGGGUGCAAGUAGUAAAGAUUCUCAAAAUUGGCGUGAAAAGUCAACAGAUUCAGAUAUAAAAGAUGAUUACUCCUGUGAAAAAGUUUUUUCUUACAGUACAUGCCAUGGGAAAGAAAAGGAUGGUACCAAUCAUGAGAAGGUUAAUGAAAGGGACAGUAAUAUUUCUCGAUCGUGGAACUCCAGCUAUUUUGCAAACCGUGGUGCAGGCGGUACAUCUGAUCAUCUUUUUACGGAUCCACAGAAGUUAUCUGCUUCAUUUGGAUACAGUAGCUAUAGGCAGGAAAGUGAUAGCCCAAACUCUACAAGUUCUCGCAGAAGGUUUACAUCUGUUACAAGCAGAGUCAAUAGUCGGUCUUCACGACCAUUCCAUCUUGGUGUACUUUCUGAGAGGCCUGUUGGUCCAUCUAGUAACUCUGUGAGAUAUAGCAGGAUAAAGUUGUUUGAAAUAUAUAGAACAACUGAUGUUAGAAACUUCACAAUGCCGAUAAAUGAUAUUGGUAACAAUGAGAUAUCUUCGUUGUGGCAAGAAGAUCCUAUGGAUCCUUUAGCUCUCAUUGCACCUAAUGCUGAAGAAGCGGUGAUUUUGAAAGGAAUUGAAAAAGGAGAUAUCACAAACAGUUUGGCACAAGCUUGCAAAGAUGGUUCUGAUGACAAAAAUAUUCCAGGCGUGGCAGCAUUAGAACAAAUGAAAUUAAGUGGAAGAGAAGAUCAAACAGGAAACAAUGAAGAAUUCAAUGGUAAAAUGACCAUUGAUAUCAGAGGAAUUCUUGGGGCUGCUGAUUUGAGGGAACACUUGAAGUCUGAUAAAUCUCCUCCAAAAGAAUCUGAGUCUGGUGGUGGUGGUAUCCAUGGGCCAUGUGCUGAAUUUGGACAUCAGCGCAAUGCCUUGGACCAAGGAACUAAAGUUGGUGAUGGUGAAAAUGUUAACCCAGAAAACCUCUCUCUGUACUACAAGGAUCCAAAAGGGUGCAUCCAAGGUCCUUUUCCUGGAUAUGACAUCAUUGGUUGGUUUGAAGCUGGAUAUUUUGGUAUUGAUUUGCUAGUUCGUGUUGCCAGUGCUCCCUGUGAUUCUCCUUUCUUAUUACUUGGGGAUGUCAUGCCACACUUACGGGCAAAGGUAAGGGUGCCUCCAGGCUUCAGCAAUACCAAACCAAGAAGUAUGACAGAUGCCUCACAUCUAGGAUCAGUGUAUCUUGGAACAUCUGAUUAUGGAUCCAUAAACAAGAAUGGCUGUGUAACUGAAGCAGAAAAUUACUUUUUGGAGGCUCCAGUGUCUAGUAAAAUCCAGAAUCCUAGAGCAGCAACUAAUGUUGUUACUGGAGGUAUGAAUGAAUGGAGGUUUGUUUCCGGUGAGAAAGUGAAUAGUAUAAACCAUCUUGAAGUACAGAAGGUGCAGUUAGAGACAGAAAAUACCUUUCAAAUAGAAGGUGAUGUCAUAUCAGUUGGAGAGUCACAAAAGAAAGAAUCAGUACAGUCAACUUCACACUCAACAUUCUUCCCGCAAAUGGUUGACCCAUCGAGUGAAGCCCUCCAACCUCAGAAUAUUAACCUGCUCUCAAUGCUGCUUCCUGCAGAAAAAGGACAAGCACCGACUGCUACUUCUGGAUUGUCACUUCGGUCAAAUAAUGCUGACUCUGGAAAUCUGCAUGCUGGUAUGUGUGGUAUAGAUGUUACUCAAGAGAUACUAAAUGUGCACCAAAAUCUGCAUAAUUCUCAGCAAAUAGGUAUUGAUGCUCAACAGCAUUACGUUUUAACACAGAAUCAACCAACUUUAGCUUGUUUGAACUCUCAAAUCACACAGCCAGAAAAGUUUCUCGGUGGAAUAUAUCAUGAUCCUCAGUUAAACAUCAACCAACAACAGUAUCUGCUAUCAGAGCUACACUUGCAACCCCUGAUUCCUGGAGUCCCUGAACCUCAAUCCUCUCUAUUGAACAACAUGCUACAGCUCAGGCAGCAGGAGCAACAGCAACAAUACAUUUCUCAGUCCAUACCUCAUGAUCGUUCCAUGCAGCAGCUUUAUGAUUCUUCCCAUGGGACAAUACAUACUUCAUUGUCAUCUGGUGACCGUAUGAAGCUUUGUCUUCAAAGAACAGAAGAGAUUCUUGAUCUUGCUCUGAAGUUACCUGGUCAUGGUAAGCAUAAUCUACAACUACAUGCAAGUGUGAAAUUGAGAGACACAGGAAAUAUUGGUUUGUCGGAAAGUUGCGCUACUGCCCUACCACUGCCCCAUGAAAUGAUGGGUCAUGCAGCUUGGAAAGAAUGUUCUGCUAGUCUCACACAGGGCUCUGCAGUUGUUGAUGCUCUUUCACAAAAAGAAAGUAUUGUAGACUCACCAUCUAAGAAAACUCCAAGUUAUGGUUCUAACGAUUAUAGCAAGAUGACUGUUUUUGAAGUUACAGGUUUUCCUCAACCAUUUCAAGGUCUUCAGAAACCGAAAAGUGUAGCAUCUCAUAUCUCAAAUGAAGUUCAUGAAAUGGAUAUUUCCUCUGUCCAUCCUCAUUCAUGGAAACCUACUCCAGGUGUUAGGGCUAAAUCAGUGUUGGAAAUUCAAGCAGAGGAACGAUUGGAAACUCAGAGGGAAAUAGCCCUGGAAAAUACAAAGGUAACUACAACAACAGCUUCCGGGCUAUCUAUUCAUUGGGUUGAUUUGGUUGAAACUUCUGGGCAACAGUUUGGAGAUCAGGCUAGACCUAUGUGUGAUAAAAAAAAUGACAAUAUAUCACAGAGUAACAGAAGUCAUUUACAUGAUUUAUCGGCAAGAGAGGAACUGAUAAAGUCAAAUGCUAAAGCUGGUGUUAUCAUAAACAGUGCUGAUGAUACAUCUUUUCCUCCUCUGGCACCUUCUAUUACUCAGUCUGAUGCUCAUAUUCAUGAUGGUGCUGAUUUCAUUGAGUUCAAGGGCACAAGAAAGAUAAGUAACAGGGGGAAGAAACCCAAAGGUUCUGCAGUUAAAACCCCAGCAUCACAUGCAAAUGUUAUACCUGGACCAGCUACUGAUCCUGCACAGGUACGCGAACCAUGUUCUCUGAGAAAUAUUCAGGUGGAAGAAGAACAGGAAUCAGCUAAUCUUCAGCAACUAGUACCAGCAUCAUCCCAUGCAAAAGGGCCUAUGGACCAGCAUAUUCAUGGGAACAAUUCAUCCUGGCAAGGUUCUGAAUCACCUCCAUCGAGGGGUAACGAAUUCCUCAAAAUGACUUCUCAUGUUUCCAGUCACUCCACUCCUAAUUCAGAAGAGUAUCUGUUUUGGGAGCCUCGUGAGCAUGCAAAGCAAGAUAAGCCGAGACUCCAAUCACCUCCGAGUUCCGUGGUCAAUACAAGGUCUACUGCAUUGGACAUUCAUAAGAAGGGGAAGAAAGGUACAAAGCUGAGCACGUCAGCUUUGGGGUUCAAGGUUCAGAGCACCCGUAUCAUGAUGGGUGAGAUCGCGCAUGUUGACGAGUAGAUGUCCAGACUGAAUUUUUAUCAUGGUAGGCGAGCUUCCUGAAGAAUGAAGAUGAUGACAGUUUGGCGGCUGAAGUGACGAGAAUUCAAAUUGAGCAACUGGCAAAGGUUUUGGUUUUCAGCAGGCUUGGUUGUAACUUGAAAAUCGUAUAAUGUUUGUUGCUGGGCGGAUUUUGUGCGAAGCAUUGAGCCUGGAAGGUUCAAGAUUCAGGUCUAAUUUGCAGUAUGGAAUAUUCGAGUGCUUGCUUGUGACCGUUUCCUGAAACAGUCAUCUGGUGUAUAGUUUCCUGGAAUCUGAUGGGAUCGUUUGUCAUUAAAAUAAUUUACGUGCAUAUCAACAUUAACAUU